CAAGAAGAGUGCCUGACGAGCCCAGUUAUAAACUUUGUGAUCUCCCUGAACAUCAGCAGGAUCAGUUUUCAGAAGAUGAACACCCACCCACGCAAACCAAACGCAGAGUUAUCCGGCUGCACGGCCGUAGGACUCUGGUGUUGGAUGGCACCCAGCCUGUGCGUGUCUCUGGAACAGCUUUCAUCAGAAAGACUUCACACUCCUUCAGUCUGCACAGCAUUCAGAAUGAAUGGCACAGUGAAUGUGAGCGAUGAGCUUACUCCUCAUGACUUCAUGUUUACGUCCGAGUCUGUGGGAGAGGGACAUCCUGAUAAGAUAUGUGACCAGAUCAGUGAUGCUGUGCUGGACGCUCACCUGAGGCAAGACCCUGAUGCUAAGGUGGCUUGUGAGACGGUAUGUAAGACGGGCAUGGUGCUGCUCUGUGGGGAGAUCACGUCUCGAGCCAACGUGGACUACCAGAGGGUGGUGAGAGAAGUCAUCCAGCAUAUUGGUUACGAUGACUCGCAGAAAGGAUUCGACUAUAAGACCUGUAACGUGCUGGUAGCCCUGGAGCAGCAGUCACCUGACAUCGCUCAGGGAGUUCAUAUCGAUCGCAUGGAGAGCGAAAUCGGAGCUGGAGACCAGGGUCUGAUGUUUGGAUACGCCACAGAUGAGACAGACGAGUGCAUGCCCCUCACCAUAGUCCUCGCCCACAAACUCAACGCUAAGAUGGCCGAGCUGAGGCGAAAUGGGACGGUCCCCUGGCUCCGCCCAGACUCAAAGACACAGGUAACAGUUCAUUACACCCAGGAAAAUGGCGCUGUGAUCCCCAAGAGAGUGCACACUGUGGUGAUCUCUGUGCAGCACAAUGAUAACGUGUGUGUGGAGGAGCAGAAGAAGGUGCUGAAGGAGAAGGUCAUCAAAGCCGUGGUGCCUUCACACUACCUGGAUGAGGACACCAUCUAUCACCUGCAGCCCAGCGGACGCUUUGUGAUCGGAGGGCCGCAGGGUGAUGCAGGAGUGACGGGCAGGAAAGUCAUCGUGGACACAUACGGUGGUUGGGGGGCCCACGGGGGCGGAGCUUUCUCCGGAAAGGACUACACCAAGGUGGACCGCUCGGCCGCCUACGCUGCACGCUGGGUGGCAAAAUCUCUAGUGAAGGCCCAGCUGUGCAGGCGGGUACUGGUGCAGGUGGCGUAUGCGAUUGGAGUGGCCCACCCGCUCUCCAUCUCCCUCUUCACCUACGGCUCCUCUCCAAAGAGCGAGAAGGAGCUUCUGCAGAUCGUCAAUAAAAACUUUGACCUCAGACCUGGAGUCAUAGUCAGAGACCUGGACCUAAAGAGACCAAUCUACCAGAAGACGGCAUGCUACGGACACUUUGGCAGGAAGGAGUUCCCCUGGGAGGUCCCGAAGAACCUCAACUUCUAGUGUGUGUGUGUAUGUGUGUGUGUGUGUGUGGUGGGGUCCAUAUGGCCUUUUUUCAUUGGUCUGAGUCAGAGGUGUGGGUGGGUCAGAGGUGUUCCAGCUGUUGGUGACAAAGUCCCUAAAUGACAACUCUGAAGCAUGAGAGAUAUUUACACUUUAAAUCUAAACUGCUAAAGAAAAAAAAACAAUAAACUGAGUGGAUGACCAAAUUUUAAAGGAGAAAAACCGUGAAUGGGUCAUGUCUUAAGAGUUUCAGUGAGUUUUUAAAGAGCCAGUGGGGAUUCUGCACGUGUUUGAGGUUUUCUCGGUCGCGUUGGCUCUGAUCUCAAAUGACAAUGUUCUAGGAAAAUCCUUCAGAAAUUUAUACAUGCGCUCUUUUAUGAUUAUUUCAGUGGCAAACUCCGACAGUCAGCUAAACCUCUUUGAAUAAUCUUUAUCACAAGUGUCUCAGUUUUGCCUGGAUAAAAAUGAACUUCCAUCCAUCCAAUUAAGGGUCACUGGGGGGGUGGAGCCUUUCCCAGCUACCAUAGGGCGAGAGGCACAUACAACACAUCGCACUCAACUGAUAAAAUUCACAUCUAUAGAAAAUUUAGAGUCGCCACUUAACCCAACUCUACUACCUGUAUGUCUUUGGACUGAUGACACCCUCACAUCAGCUGAUUGUUGUUUUUAAAAGUUGACUUUAGAAGUCAAAAUGACUCAGAAGCGUCUUUAUACUAUACAUAAAAAUACAUUAUUUUAAUCAACUUGCUAUCAGGGGUGUGGGGGUGUACUAGUAGCCGCACCUCUUGGCACGUCUCACUGUUUAGCCAACUUUCCGCUACAUGGCUUGGAUGUGGCAUCCUGCUCCUGUUACAUUGCAUGGAAAGCACAAAAAUUAUUUUGAUGAGAGUUUGCAGUUAAAAGAACAGAAGCUGGGUAAUCUUAAAACUUUGAGGUUUUCUGCAGGUGUAUAAACUUUUCCUCAGCCUUAAUGCAGUUCAGUACAAUAAUGUGAGGUUUUUAAUGAGACGCAGACGACCAAAGAUGAAAACCAAAUGUCCCACAGAGGCUUCAUAUGUUACCAUUUAUUAAAGUGUAAAAUUAAGCUUUUCCUUCCUGCAUGCUUAACAGAAUAUAUAUUUUUUACUAUCAGUUUAGUAUUUUUUUGUUCGUUUGUUUUUCUGUUAGAUACAGAUGGGUACAAAUUAGAAAAAAAACCCAAAACACUAAGUUACUUUGGCCACUGUGUGGCGCCAAAAGAGCUCCGAUGCAUGUUGGUUUUGCUUCAGAACUCAGCAGGAGGGAUGGAACAGUUCUUCUAAAUGCCAGUCAUCAUUUUGGUCUUUUAAUAUGCGUUGAUACAAAAUUUCACAAUUUCUGGUAUUCAUCUCAUCAAACCAUUAUGUCUUCUGCAUGGGAGCCUUUUCAGUUUCAUCAGGAUGGAAAUGUUUAUUCAAUCAGAACAACUUUGUACUGAUUUGCAGUGAAGCUUUCCUCUAAAGGGACAAACAGACCCGGAGCAGAGAUCUCGAGGAUCUUUACAGUUUAAAGCUCAAUAAGAAUGAAUCAGGGGAUUUCUGUGUAUAAAGCUAUCCACAACCCGUUAUGUGUGCACACGCUGCAUCAUUUCAUAUUAACUGUUUUAUUGUUUUACUUUCACUGUACAUUCUAAGAAAUACAAUUUUAUCAAAGUAUUUCUGCGUAGGAUGAAAUUAAAGAUGUUAAACAUUUCACCUUCA